AUGCAAAUGUUCAAAUGCGCGGGCACGUGCCCAUCGGUGAAUUUUCUUUUUUUGGGGGAUUAUGUAGACCGAGGGUUUAACUCUUUAGAGUGCGUGACCCUUGUCUUCUUGUUGAAGGUGCGGUAUCGCCACCGCAUCACCAUAAUCAGGGGAAACCACGAAAGCCGACAAAUAACACAAGUGUAUGGGUUUUUUGAUGAAUGCAUCCGCAAAUACGGCAACGCCAAUGUGUGGAAUCAUCUCACAGGAGUAUUUGACUACUUACCCCUCAGCGCCCUCAUUGAGGGACAAAUUUUUUGUCCCCAUGCUGGGCUGUCUCCGCAGCUCGAUUCUCUUGAUGCUGUGCGGGCUCUACAGAGGUAG